AGGCUCCCCCAAUAAGAAACCUAGCUUUGUUCCGUCGAACGCCGCACCAACAGCCACCCGACCUCUCAGCCUAUCUCUUUAGCUGCACAGGGAGCGGGUCCCAUCGCCAUCCAGGAGACGUAUCAAACACUUAGGCAAGAGUGUAUCAUUAGGCCAUGCCGUCACUGCCGCCCCGGAGCGUGGCGUCGCGGUCGCGGUCUCCGCCAGUGCAUUCGCGCUCAAAGCGCCCAACCUCGCGACACUCGAGGUCAAGGUCGCCGGCCCGCCCAGCCCGCAUCGAGUACCGUGAGAGGGAGCCAAGUCGCGAGCGCGACAGGCCCCGCCGAGACCCAAGGACUGAUGGUGAUCGGAAUCGGGAGCGAGAGCGGGACCCCGUACGCCCUCGCCACCAGCGGCGCCAUCGUUCGAGGGACGGGGACGAGGGAAAAGAGGAUCACUACAACCACAACGACGAUGACGUUAAUGAUGCCAAGGAACCUGCCUCGCGUCACCGCCACCGCCACCACCAUCAUCACCAUCACCGCAGCAGUAGGAGAACAGCCGCGGACGCGCAGCCGCGCGCAGCAGCAGCAGACGAGGAGCCCAUGGCGCUGCCGUUCGGCGCGCGCAAGUUGUUGGGGCGGCAUGACUUUGCGGCCUUCCGGCCCCUGUUUGCCGACUACCUGGAGCUGCACAAGGCGCUGGACAUUGCGUCGCUCGACGAGGUCGAGGUGCGCGGCCGUUGGAAGAGCUUCGUCGGCAAGUGGAACCGCGGCGAGCUGGCCGAGGGCUGGUACGACCCCGAGGUCUACGCGCGGCUGAAGCAGGAGCAGCGGCUCACCAAGGAAGAGGUGGGGGAGGAGGAGGAGGAGGUUGUCAGUCGACGGGUUGCUGAGCCGAAGCAGAAGAGACAGCUGCAACGUGGAGGUGGAGGUGGAAGUUGGGGGAGCAGCUCGCGGCAGCCGCCUCAUAGGCUAGAGUCGGAAGAGGAGACGGACGGCUACGCCAACAUCACCAAAGCUGACCAAGACGACGACGAUGACGACGACGACUACGGCCCGUCGCUACCCCCACAACAACGGGCCGGGACAGCAGCGUCCCGGCACGGCCCCGGCAUUCCGACACUGCAAGACCUCGCCGAGCGGCGCGAGACGGCAGCGGCAGAGCGCGAGGGCGAGGCGGAAGCGCUGCGUGAGGCGCGCAAAGCGGACCGGCGGCAGCAGAAGGAGCAGCUCGAGGAGCUUAUGCCGCGUGCAGACGCGGGCACGCGUGAGCGCAAGCUCGAGAAGCGGCAGGCGCUCAACGCCAAGCUCAAGGCGUUCCGCGAGCCGUCGCCCGACGGCGCGGCGGUGCCCGAGGCCGAGCUGCUCGGCGGCGGCGAUGGUAUCGAAGAGCACCGCAAGCUACUCGCCGUACAGCAGCAGCGCACGUCACAGCGCCAGUCGCGCCGCGAGGAGGAGGCCCGCGCUGCCGCUGCCGAGCGCAACGAGCGCAUCGCCGCCUACCGCGAGAAGGAGGACCGCACCAUUGAGACGCUGAAGGAGCUCGCGCGGAGGCGCUUUGGGUAGUACGUAGCUAGUACCUAGCGGCUGCCCGUCCUUGGUCUCUAAGGCGGGUGGUCAAGCGAGAUAUGGGGGUUUCUCUUCAUAUGGGCGUCUUCAUAUGAGCGGACAUGAAAUGAAAAAUGGAUAUUUAUGAAUUUUAGGGGGAAAUCCUUUCCAAGUCAAAAGUAGUUUUCCGGUUUGUAGAAGUCUAGUGGUAUUCUCAUCCUGUACUCUCCAAUACUCCAUGGACGUGGACAACCAACACAUACUCACAAGAUGGUCCAGAAAUACAUAAUGAGG